AUGAAUACCACCAAUAAUACAACUGUACAAGACGACGAUGGAUGUAGUUUAACUGCUGACGAAAUCCAACGUUCUUACAAUUUAACACUUCAUGUUAUAUCUGUUUUUGUACUGUUGGUUGUAUCAUUCAUUGGAGCUUCGAUUUCAGUUGCUUCAGCAAAAGUGAAAUGCUUACAUAUUCAUCCAGUUAUUCUUAAUACGGGUAAAUUUUUCGGCAGCGGUGUCGUGUUAGCAACUGGUUUUAUCCAUAUAUUACCUGAUGCAAUGUCAACAUUGAGUGAUCCUUGUUUGCCUGAUUCUUGGAAUCAAUAUGGUGCUUAUGGUGGUCUUUUUGCUAUGUUGGCUGCUCUUUUUAUGCAAUUACUUGAAUUUCUUGGUCAUCAACGAUCUCGGUCAGUGGCUCAUAAACGUGCCCUUAUGAAAACAGAUCAUCAUGUUAAAUAUAUUAUAAAAAACGAAGAAAUCGAGAAGAAAACUAAUGACUUAAUAUCUAUCAAACAUGUAGAAGAUGCAAAUAAUCAAAUGAAUAAUGAUCAUACAUGUACACAUGAAAUCAAUAAUGAAACUGAAGAUCUAGAAACAACACAUUCAAUACAUAAUACAAGUGAAAAACUUAAAAAGAAAACACUCACACAAAACCAAGGAAAUGAAUGUGAAAAUGCCGGAGAACCACAUAAUCAUAUUGAAGCAACAAGACAUACUCAUUCAAAUGGUGAUAUAGUAAUUGAUAUAAUACAAAUUGAACCUUCACCUGAACCGCUUGAUAUUUGUGAAGAAUCAGCACAUACUCAUGGUUUAGCUUUUCAAGAUGAUGGUCAGCAAAAUAAAAUAAGUACAUAUUUACUUGAAUUUGGUAUAGCUCUUCAUUCAGUUCUCAUUGGUUUAACAUUGGGUACAACAACUGAUUCAUUUGUUGCACUAUUUACUGCUCUUUGUUUUCAUCAAUUUUUUGAAGCAAUUGCCCUUGGUGCACAAAUUGCUAAUUUAAAAACAACUUCUAUUAAACCAGCUAUUUAUAUGAUCAUAUUUUUCUCACUUACAACUCCUGUUGGUAUUGCUAUAGGCAUUGGUAUACAUUCUGGUACAUAUAAUCCAAAAUCAGUUUCGUCAUUAUUGAUCACUGGUAUUUUAGAUUCGUUAUCAGGUGGAAUUCUUAUUUAUGUUGCUCUGGUUAAUUUAAUUACUGCUGAAAUGGGCGCUAAUGCUCAUUCAUUUUAUAAUUUAAGUACUCGGUUAAAAUUUUUGUACUUCACAGCCUUAUAUUUAGGCGCUGCAGCUAUGGCUAUAAUUGGCCGAUGGGCUUAA